CUUCGGGCAGGCCAAUUGAAAUGCCAACCUCAAAGACAAUGGUUAGCUUUUAUCACUUAACGAUUUUGCUGUCCGCUUGCGGCUUAGCAGCAAGCAGUAACCAACUGCAUACAACGGAUUUGAACAUCAAGGAAUACCAGCGCAUGAUGCAGUUACGCCACUUGGCCAUCGAGUUCUUUGAUUACUACGAGAAUAUCACGACAACGGAUACGGAUUUAAUUGUACCAGGCUCAAGGCUACCCAACCAACAGGAUCUGUUAUGUCUGUCUGAAGUGGCUCAGCUGAGUCUGGCCUUAAGAUCGGGGCAACUGUGGGCAUUGAGAAUGAUUGACUCCUGGGGCAGACUGCCAGCUGGUAUGCUCUAUGGCAACAUGAAGGAUUUGGGCAACUUUGAGGAAUGCAUUCGGGUGAAUCAUGCGUUGUCAACUACGGGACAAACGCUGCGGGGCAAAUACUGCUUUGCCAAGCUGCUCUCAGGCAGCAUGUUGGACAGCGGCAGCUCAGCCGCUUUGAGCCUGAUCAACAUUCAGACUGCUGUUUGUUUUCCCGCCUCCUGUACGGGGGAUCACAUGGAGACGCUGCUGCGUCGACUCUUCCAGCAGUUGUUGAGCAUUGAGUUGAAUGGGGAACAGCAGCUAAUCGACGAUGAAAAAUGCAAGACGGCAGAAAGUAAACCCCUCGAUGGCAUUGCUAUACUCACUAUCGUUAUUAUUGCUGUCUUGGCUGCUGCUAUGUUGCUAUCCACAUUGUAUGAUUACUUCUGCUGCGAGGAUCAAACACAUCUGCCGCUCCUUGCGAAGAUCUUCUCGGCACGUGUUAACUCAAGGGCUCUUUUCCGCGUUGUCGACAGCAAAACAAAUCCCAAUGUUAUCGACUGUCUGCACGGUAUACGCUGCUUGUCGCUUGUCUGGGUCGUCUAUGGUCAUGACUAUAUAAUGACUGCCUUCAUUAAUCUAGUGGAUGUAUUACCGUGGUAUAGAUCACCCUAUAGCAUGUUUAUAACACAUGGCCUAUUCUCGGUGGAUAGCUUCUUCUUUUUAAGUGGCCUUUUGCUGGUCAUGGUGGCGCUGCGUUCCAUGGAAAAAACCGAGGGGAAAAUCAAUGUGCCGCUGAUGUACCUCCAUCGUUAUCUGCGCUUGACGCCUGUGCUUGCAUUGGCCAUACUGGCGUACAUGAAGCUACUGCCUCUCAUUGGCGGUGGCCCCGUUUCCGACUCCUACCUCGAUGCAAGCGUCACAACCUGCCAGGACAAUUGGUAUCUCACUCUGCUCUAUGUGCAGAAUUAUGCUGCCAAAGCGGACAUGUGCCUGGGUCACAGCUGGUAUCUCAGCGUCGACAUGCAGCUGUAUAUCAUCUCGCCACUGCUCCUGAUCGCGCUCUACAAGUGGGGCAAGAAGGCAGUCGCUGGCAUUGUGGUGCUCAUGCUUCUCUUGGCUGGCUGUCUCUUUGCCACCAUGGUUAUCCGGGAUUACUCCAUGAGUCGCCCCGGUGGCAUGUCUAUCUAUGUGGGCACUCACGUUAGAGCUUCGCCCUGGAUUAUUGGCCUAUUACUUGGCUACUUUCUGCACGUGAAGCGUGGCAAGACAAUCGUACUGAAUCGCUGGACUGUUUGGCUGGGCUGGAUUAGUUGCUUGGCAUUGAUAUUUAUCAGUCUAUUUGCACUCUAUCCAUAUCCAGCCAAUGGCUAUACGCUGCCCAUUCUCAACGAGGCUUUCUAUGUGACGCUGACACGCAUCUCUUGGCCACUGGCGUUGGCCUGGAUCGUUUUUGCUUGCAAAUAUGGCUACGGUGGAUUGGCCAACAGCUUCCUCUCCUCUGCCAUAUGGCAGCCGCUGUCGAAGCUCUCAUAUUGUGUGUACAUCUGGCAUGUGUUCAUCCAAAAUAUCAACGGGGGUAAUACGGUUACCAGUACCUAUUUCAGCGAUUAUCAAGUGAUGCUCCGUUUCUGGUCAGACUUUGGAUUCUCCGUGUUGCUCGCAUAUUGCAUGUACAUUCUGAUUGAGGCUCCCAGCGGCGGAUUGCAGCUGCUCUUUUUACCUAGUGGAAAACCGAAAACUCAGUCAUCGCCUAAGCUGAACGAACCUGCACCACAACUGGAGGCGAAAGUAACAUUAGAUAGUUCAAUUUGAAUGACAUAUAAUCUCCAUACAUAAAACUUAUUUUCUAAAUAUAAUUUAAAUUAUGUAAAACUUACUAUUGAUAUAUAAUUUAUACUAUAAAAUGUAAGAAGUUUUA